AUGCGCGACGUAUGGAUGAUCUCCCAGAUUUCCGGCCGCUCGGUGAAGCGCGAGCUCCGUAUUCCAGUCUCGAGCUUAAACCCCCCUUUUCGCAUGGCACAGUACUCUGUUCCCCUCGAAGCGCACGACCUGUUCUGGAGAGGCCUGAUCAAUAACCCUCUUCACGCAUCUGCCCCGAAAGAAAUGCGUGAGGCGGCUGAGCAUGUCAAACUGGAUGGCAGUCCGUCGCCGACCCUUCCGAUUGUCUGGCGCUUUGCGGAGAGCAUCUCUGCGAUCAAGGCAUUCCAGGCUUCCAUGCUUAACGUCUUCCUCCAGAAGAAGUACGGAGUCGACUACCAGGACAUCCGAAUCAAUACGGAUCACGCACAGUUGUUCAUCAUGUCAGUUAUUGUCGCCACUGUCGAUCCAGACGGAGAGAAGAUAGCGUACAUAGACGCCAACUAUGCGAAAUAUUAUCCGGACGGAGACCUGUAUCAUGGCCAAGGCAAGAGGACAAAAUUCUCGGACGACUGUACCAAUAUCUACAGAACUAAAGACGGUCGAUUUUUCCAUUUGCAUGCGAGCCUGAACGCCGCCCCAUCUCAAGAGGCAUUAGGACUUGACAACUUGCUUGAUACGAAGGACUUGACCCAUGAAGACUCUUGCCGAAUCUAUGAAGGAAAAAUAUCACACCACAAUGCAACCGAUAUCGAGGCACUCAUAAACGACCAGUAUCGGCAAGCUGGCACGACCUGCUGGUCCACAGAAGAAUACAAGGCCAGCGAGCAUGGCAAGGCCAACGCAAAUGUUGGGUUAUUCGAGGUACACCACAUCCCAAACCCCAAGCAAGCGCCUGGAUGGUGGACACCUGUUGAAGGGCACACCUCCGCUGCUCGGCCUUUGUUCGGGCUCAAGGUUCUUGACUUGACCCGAAUCAUCGCAGGGCCGACAAUAGCCAGAGAGCUUGCUGAGCUCGGAGCGAGCGUCCUCCGCAUAACAUCUCCGAACGUUACAGACCUUACUAUCAUGGGCGUCGACCUGAGUUGGGGAAAGUGGAACGCCUAUCUCGACCUGAAGAAGGAAGAGGACAGAGCGACGCUUCGAGCGUUGGUCGAGGAAAGCGACGUUGUCGUUGAUGGAUACAGGCCAGGCGUGAUGCAAAAAUGGGGGUUCGGAAAGGACGAUAUCUUGGGCAUGUUCAAGGAUAAAGAAAGGGGUAUCAUCUAUGUGCAUGAGAAUUGUUACGGGUGGAGAGGGCCAUGGGCAUAUCGAUCGGGGUGGCAGCAAAUUAGUGAUGCUAACAGUGGCGUGUCAUUGGAGUACGGGAGGGCGAUGGGGAAUGACGAACCUGUGACACCGGUCUUCCCCAACUCUGAUUACUCUACUGGAGUGGCAGGCGCGACCGGAGUCCUGCAAGCACUGAUAGAAAAAUCGGAGAAAGGCGGAUCCUUUGUGGUAGAUGUGGCCCUGAACUAUUACAACCAAUGGCUCGUUGACACUUGUGGCAAAUACCCACCAGCCGUGUGGGAAGCCCUACGGUCGUUGUAUGGUCGACCAGUCUUCGUGCAUACCGACAACAUGGCGAUCACAAUCCCUCGAGUCAUGGACAUGAUCAAGGGGGCAAUUAUCUUUCAACAGGACUUCUUCGAGAUACGCGAGAAUAGGGCCAUAGGAGUUCCUGUUAAGACGGUAAAGCCUAUCCUUCAAUUUCCACAAGGUGCCAUCAGAUUGGGAUACAACAUAGGGUCCAGGGGAAAUGGGAUUGACAAGCCCAGAUGGCCCGACGACCUUUUGACGGAAAUUAUGGCCUGA